CUACCAACCUUUCUCCCUCUAUACAGUCUUAACUUCAAAUUCCCAAAUAAACACACCAAACCAGACUACACCACCUCUGAUUCUUUUCUUUUCUCUCUUUUUCUUUUUCAUUCAUACAUAUAUAUACACUACCAUAUAUAUAUAUAUACCAUUAAUUCAUCAUCAUCGUCUUCCUUCUUCUAAACACAAAAAUCAACAAGAACCAGCUGGGGUCAAAUAGUUUCAUAAGCUAAGAUCAAUCGAAGAAGAAGAAGAAGUGUAUAUUAUGGGGUUGAGAGACAUUGGAGCAACACUACCACCUGGGUUUAGGUUUUAUCCAAGUGACGAAGAGUUGGUCUGUCAUUAUCUGUACAAAAAGAUUUGCAAUGAGGAGGUUUUGAAGGGCACUUUGGUCGAAAUUGACUUGCAUACUUGCGAGCCAUGGCAGCUCCCUGAUGUGGCUAAGCUGAACGCGAACGAGUGGUACUUCUUCAGCUUCAGGGACCGCAAGUACGCGACGGGGUACCGAACCAAUAGGGCGACGACAUCUGGAUACUGGAAAGCCACUGGCAAAGAUCGGACGGUGGUGGACCCUCUCACCAAGGACAUCGUAGGCAUGAGAAAGACUUUGGUUUUCUACCGGAACAGAGCCCCUAAUGGCGUCAAAACUGGUUGGAUUAUGCAUGAGUUUCGUCUUGAAACCCCUCACAUGCCUCCUAAGGAGGACUGGGUUUUGUGUAGAGUAUUCCACAAAAGUAAGGAAUCAUCAUCAGAAAACAACAGUGCUACCGAUCUAGGCAGCAGCCAACAACUCUUUAAUCUAUCCUCAUCUCCUCCAAUAAGCAGUGAUGAUCAUCAUCAUCAUCACCAAAACAUGGGCAAUUAUGGUUCGUACGAUCAAAUGACUACUUCAUUUUCGUCAACGCCUAGCAGCACUGGAAUCAUCACCAACAAUAAUCACCAUCAUCAUCAUGAUUUUUCAAGUAACUUAAUAACAAUGAAUAAUGUUGGAACAAGUGCCACUACUGCUACCACUGAAAUCAGCUCAUCAAGAAACAGUGGCAACGACGAUUAUGGGUUCAUAUGGGGCAUGAAUUUCGACCAUGAAAAUCCAACUUCCAAUUUCGAUGAGAUGAGACAAUUCGACUUGGAUAACAGCAUGGUUUUCCUCUAAGCUCAUAUUAUAUAUUAGUAAAUUAUUAUUGGAUUUUAUUAUAUAUUAUUAUUAUUAUUAUACCAAUUAAAUUAAGUCACAUAUUAUAUAAAUACCGGAUAAUUAGUAAUUUGUUGAUUUGAUUAGCGCUGCUUUUUCAUGUAAUAUCUUUUUUUAGGGAGGGAAUCAUGUGCUUGAUUUGAUUGUAAUUAUUAUAAGUUAUAGUGGAUCAAAUAUGAUCUGCUUUAGUCAUGUUUAUUAGGUUUUUUUUUUUAUUAUUUGUAAUUUGUUUCAGUUUUACUUUUAGUUUUAUUUAUUUAAUUUGUAUACAAAUUUAUAGAUUCCAUACUAUAUAUAUAAUUUAUAUAUGUAUAUAUAUUUAUAUA